AUGAUUGGCGGCUCCACUUUCCACUUAUUUUUGGCAUUUCUUCUCCUAAAAUAUUCAGAAAAUGAUCUCCAAGCUCAACAGCAGCGAUAUCUCGAACUCGUCAAGCAACAAUUGCAGACAUAUCCAGAGUUGGUAGAGCAACAGCUUCGUGGCAUGUCAAAGCGACGUGAAGAAAUGCAACAACAGGCGGAUGCAGCGCUGACGGCAGCAGGUCAAGCAUUGAUCCUUGAACAAUCAGCCAGAGCGGCUGUUCAAGCAAAUUGUCAGCGACAAGCCCAACACACACUUCAACAACAACAAAUUGCACAGCAACAGUUAUUGUUGUCUGGAAGCGUUGGACCGAUGAGAAACAAUUCGAUUCAAACGAUGCAAGUUGCGCAACAGCAACAACAAGUUGCGGCUGCUCAACAACAGCAACAUCAAGGGAUAUUCUCACCAGAAAUGAAUGCCUUCAUCCGCAACGGACGCUUCUCUCGGGAUUCCCUCGCGCGUGCUCUUGGUUGUGACAAUGCUGUUCGAGUCAACUUCGAUAGAAAGGGGUACACGGCUUUUUGUUAUGUCCUCAUCGACCCUCGUGUAUCUGGCGUUAAAAUUGAAGCGUUGACAUUCGAAACAUUCGUUAAAUCAGUAUUUUACAUUGGGAAGGGCACCAACAGUCGACCACUACAGCAUUUCAUCGACGCCCGAAAUGCGAUGGACAAAGCAACGAACGAUCAGAAUCUGAACAAGAAACUUCAAACGAUUGUUGAUAUCUGGUCAAGUGGGCACGGAAUUCCGAAGAUUCAAUUCUCUCACGGAGUGUCAGAUAAGGCUGCACUGAUUAAGGAAGCAUGUAUGAUUGAUGCCGUUCAAGUGAAAAACUUGACGAAUUUGAAGCGCGGUGAAUACCACGAGUGCGCGAAGACGUGGGAUUUGACCGCUAAAUCCCAAUAUGGAGUAUGGCUGCUGGACAAGUAA